UGGCGUGGAAUAUCUCCCACAAACACGCACCACCGGCACUGCAACGACUGACAGCCCCUGGUGGGUCUGAAUUUCAAACUUGCUUACCAGGCGACAUCAAUGAAGCGAAUAUUCAAAAUCUCCGAUGCAGCCGAAGCGGAGCUGCUUUGCCGCCACAGAUCCGGCUUUGAAGCCAGAAUCAAAUCCCCAUCCACUUUCACCCGCACAAGGCCCCCGACUUUUAGAUUCUCCCGCGGACUCUGUGACCAAAUCCCCUCGCAGAAGGCCAGCUCAUUCCUCGGCAUCCUCGGCCUCUUCAGCGACAACCCAUCUUACGCUGAUGUCACGGCUAGGGAGAAGCUAAGCAAAGAUGUGUCGGCUUUGGCGGACAGGUUGGUUCGAUAUGAGAACGAUUUUGAUAAAUUCAUUGAGGUUUUAGAGGAGGAGGGUGUUUCGUUGCUUAACAGGCACAGACAUGGUUAUGCUUUUCUUGAGCUAUUGAAGCAGUUGGGUUCGCGGCCUCAAUUGGCACUAGAGGUAUUUAAUUGGAGAAGACAGUCAGAGUCUGAAAUUUGUAUGAUUCCAGAAGAAUAUGUUAAGGGCAUUACAGUUGCAGGCAGAACUAAGAACGUUGAUAUCGCGCUUGAGUUGUUCACCGAGGCUGUGAACAAACGACUCAAGAGACCGUCUACUUAUAAUGCUCUAAUGGGUGCAUAUAUGUACAACGGUCUUGCUGAUAAAUGUCUGUCAUUGUUUCAGGACCUGAAAACCGAUACAAGUUGUAGGCCUUCAGUUGCAGCAUACAACAUUCUUCUAUCAACCUUUGGACGAAAGUUGUUCAUAGAUCAGAUGGAAGCAAUAUACAGGGAGAUGAUAGAACAAAAUCUUUCCCCAAAUUUGAAAACAUAUAAUACUUUAAUUGAUGGUUAUUUGGUCGCAUGGAUGUGGAAUAGUAUGGAAAAGACUUUUCAGAUGAUGAAGGCAGGCUCGGUUAAGCCUGAUAUUAGAACUUAUAAGCUAAUGCUUCGCGGAUAUGCACAUUCAAGGAAUUUAAAGAAGAUGGAAGAGACCUAUAACUUUGUUAAACAUCAUGUCGAUGAAGAUAGCCAAUUGGUUAAGUCUAUGAUCUGGGCAUAUUAUAGGAGUUCUGAGACAGAUAGAGUUCGAAAGAUUGAGAAUCUGAUGAGGCUUCUUCCAGAGGAGCGUUAUAGACCUUGGUUGAAUGUGUUGAUGAUCAAGCUUUAUGCCCAAGAGAAUUGCUUAGAUGAUAUGGAGAUCUUGAUAAACGAGGCAUUUGAGCAUAGAAUGACUGUAUUGUCGUUAGAUGUGCUGCGAUGCAUUAUUACCAGUUAUUUCCGUUGCAACGUGGUUGACAAGCUCGCAAACUUCGGGAAUCGUGCCCAGUGUGCUGGGUGGAGGAUCGGUAGGUGUCUAUAUCACUGUAAGAUGGUCAUGUAUUCAGCGCAACAUCGUUUGGAAGAAAUGGAAAGGGUCCUAAAGGAGAUGGAGAAUGUAAAUAUGGACCGGACAAAAAAAACGUUUUGGAUUCUUUAUAAAGCCUACUUAAGCUGGGGUGAAAGGCACAAACUUGAUAAAGUUAGAGCUUUGAUGUGCAAGAAUGGCUAUGGAAUACCUGUGGAUGCAUCAUCCUCAUAAUGAGGUUUUUGUCAUAGGGGCUAUUGAUCACUGGAAAUGAAAAAUGCUCUUGGCCAAUCUUGUUAUUGGUUCAUCUGAUGUGAAAGAGGAAUGAGGUUCCAAAUGAUGCAAGAGGUACACCUCUUCUUAUUUGGUUUCAGUUCUUAUCGAUAACCCUUUUCCCCACCAUAUUCUUAAUGGUUUCAAAUUCGCCUCUAGUGGCAAUGUCGGAGUUGAAAAUUUUCUUAUGAUUAUCAGUAAAGACUAUAUAUCCAUGUCUCAUUUGCCACAGACGUUUCUGGACACUAGUUUGUGCACUGGAAAUGUUUGUCUUGAAUCAAUGAACUUUCAGGCAGAACCUGAGCUAACCUCUGCUGCCAGAGUUGCCCCUCAUUCCAGAUGAACCAUGCAAUCUGCAGAUUGGUUUUGGAAGUCCAUGUCCAUAUAGUGACAUCAGGAUUUUUAUCUCUGUCUCUUGUCAUAGCCAAGUAAAAUUGGUCAUGUCUAGUUCUCCUUUUAUUUUGUGUGAAGUUCCUUUUCAACUACUGUAAGCAAUUUACUCUUUCCUCUCACAUGCGUAGCUCUUGGCCACUAUCUGUUGGAAAUGAUUGAUGCCAUAUUUCCAUGUCUUAGGUAUGAGACUAGUUCUGUUGACUUUGUCUGAUUUUGAAGUGGGUCUGACAAAUCUGCUCGUGCCAACUUGGCAUGUGAUUUAGGUGACAUGCUUCAAACCUUUUAUUUUUUUCCUGGUUCAUUUUUUUCUCAUUCAUGGGGGCUUAGUGUCGAAUGUGGAAAAUGAACUCGUAUUACUGUUCUCAAGUCACUGUAGAUUUUUUUUAGCUGCAAAAUCACUGAGCAAUUAAGGCUUAUACAGUAUACUGGUGUGAGGCUAACAUGAUGUAUGUACACUUUGCACACAAGGAAAAUACUAAAGUUCAAGAGAUGAAUUUUGUUGCUCCCCACUGUUUAUAUAUGGAACAUUUAUUUGUAAACCCUUUUUUAUGAUUUUAUUGAAUUGGGAAUCUGGAGCAGAACUCUUUUGAGAAAUGUUACCAUAACCAAAGCACAAAACAGAAGAAUUUGACAGCAAGAAACAGCAGAAGAUUAAAUGUACCCAACAUGGGUGUUGGUGGUGAAAUGAGUUUUGUCUCUUGUUAGGCAAAGAAGUGGUUGUGGUUAGUAAUAAAUUCCUGCCAUGUUUUUUGCUCAUUUUUUCCCCUCUUCUGAGUUCUGACUAUUCUACAUUUUUUCUAUGGUUUUUGUUUGAACACCAGUCUUUCCCUUUCUGGUGCUCCGAAGCUCAUGCCACAAUGAAGAGAUGGCUGGGGUCUGAUCUUCAAGACGGGAACCCAAGAUCAGACUUCAAAUAUUCAUUGACUAGACCACGUUAAUAAACAACAUUUGUUGUUUAAAGCUUUUGCCAUUCAUGAUUGUUGGACCAUAAUGACUUUGAGUCCAUGCCUAUAAACAGUCUGUGUUUUUCCUGCUUUGGCUGGUAUUGCUUCUGGAAACUUCAUUUUUAUGCAUGUGACAUCAACUGAAGAAUAACACUAAAAUUAAAAUUUCUCAAUUUUCUUUUAUAUUUUAUAUUUCACUCAUGGAUUCUUUCAUGCUUGAAAGUUGAAAUUCUUGUGCUAAUAAGUUGACACCCAUUUGUCCUGUCUCUCUUGUGUUCUAUUUUGAGUUAUUGCCUUUCAAAGUCAUCUCUUUUUAGUUUUCCAUGCUUUCUUAUUGUUAUAUUGUUAUCAACUUUGUGGUUUAAUGCCUAAAUCAUUCCAAAGAACACACAUUUUUCUUAAGCUGCACCACGUUUAUUUGAAAAGCAAAUUCCCGACCAAUACUCUAAAUGAUUGUUUAUUGCUUUAUAUUAUUGUGAUGUGUUGAUCUAAUAUGAUCUUGUUUCUUGGAUGUAAUUGUGUAUGUUUGAUGAAGAAACGUGUGAAGAUGAAUUUUUUUUCUUUUUGAUAUCCAAAAACCGUAAUGUUAUUGUUGUUUGGGCGAUUUGGAUCAUUAUCAUCAACCGAACCUUUCUCCCAAAAGUUUGGGGUUGGUUGCAUGAGUCUAUGAGAACAUCACCGAGUCGAUUUGGAUAUUGAAUUUUUUUUAUUGGGGCUUCUUGUAGGUUGGGUUUUAACUUUUAAGUUAUCUUGGGUCUGUUUGGAUUCUGGUAAAGUUCAGUUUACAGAAGUUUGAUACAUUAUAGUCUGGGAACCUGAUGCAAACUUUAUUCUGUUAAUGUUUCUAGCCAAAGAAUUAUGGAAUGUACGUUAACCUUGUUUUGUAUUUAGAAUUUGAUUGUAUACACACUGACUGGUUCUUGACCUUGCUGGAGAUGCUGCUAGGUACAACAAGAAGAAUCGCAUUGUUCUCAGGCAUCGUCAACUUGCUGUGAGGAAUGAUGAGGAACUCAGCAAGCUAUUGGGGACUCCUACUAUUGCAAAUGAAGGAGUUUUGCCAAACAUUCAUCAGAAUCUGUUGCCCAAAAAGGUUGGGAAGGGGAAGGGUGACAUUGGAUCCGCGUCACCGGAGUUUUAGACUUUAGAGUGUCCUUCAGUUUUGAGUACCUUUUAAGAGAUCUUGAAGGAUGCAUCGUGUUUUUCGAUUUUAACUCUGCAAACCUUAAAUUUGGCCCUCUCUUUUGUGAUUGUUAUCGAUUCUUGCUUCUUGAUGGGAACAUUGUGUUCUGAGCAAUAAAGGGGCAAUCUGGCACUCUCCAUUGUUAUGUCCAAAGAAAUCUCCAUUGUUUUCUUGAACCAGUGAAUAUAUAGAUUGCUUGAACUUCCCCUGCAAA